AUGGCCGAACGAGACGUUGGACUAGCAAACUACAUACUACAGUCGAUUCACAAAGACCUCACAUUCCUCAGAGACCAACAUUAUGUGUCUGCACAAACCUACGACUCUGUAGUUGCCCAGCUUCCACAGCAUGUAGACGCUAAGCAAUCUUCUCCUUCCUCUACUCCGGCUUUUGUCAAACCUCCUCUUCCUACCCGAAAGUCCACUACUACUCUUAACUCCCGCGAGCCAGUAGCUCCUUCCCGUGAGCAACUCUUCCCCAAGUUACCAGUACGUCGUUCAGGCGAAGAUCGACAGCCAUCCCCACAACCUCAUCAUAGUCCUCUCCCAACACCUGCACCUGCACCUGCACCACCAGUUGCUGCUGUUGCUGUUCUUCCCCCACCAACAACAACCUACACUCCACCAGCCUCAGCAGCUCUUCCCCAUCAAGCACUUGGUAGGGCUGUCCAGAGCUUUGUGACUCCCCCAGUUGUAGAAACACCCCCGCCUGCUUAUACAAGUGAUCCUGGAGUUCUUGCUACUGCAGAAGCAUUGUACGAUUACAGCGGUGAUGAUCCUAGCACGGACCUGUCCUUCCGACAAGGCCAAACUAUCCAAGUCACAGAAUAUGUUAAUGAUGAUUGGUGGCGAGGCACACUUAAUGGAAAAUCGGGUAUCUUCCCUCAAAAUCAUGUCAAGAAAAGACCUAAUCCACCCGCUACGCUCGCAAAAGCCAAGCGAGCCGUUCCUCCACCCGCUGUAAAGGCAGCCACACUCCCACCAUCGCAAUCUACAUCUAAUGUUCCUUACAGCUAUCCACCGCCACCAACAGCCAUCUACCACAACCCACCACCAGCCACAAACAUUUAUCACAACCCACCGCCAGCCACAACUAUGAUCACUAGUGCAUAUCCUGUUCCUGGAACUGUGCAACAGCAGCAGCAGCAGCAGCAACCCCAAGCUCCUGAGGAAGAAAACAAGGUUUCCAAUAUGGCCAAGAAGUUUGGUGGCCAUGUAGCUACUGCUGCUACUUGGGGAUUUGGUGCCACUCUUGGAUCAGAGGCCGCUCAUGCAAUCUUUUAAAGCAAACGCAUUCAUCAAACUACACAAACGCACACUCGCACUCACACACUUACACGCACACAGAUCAACAGGCUAUAUUGCUUGGCUGUUUCUCAUACACAAACUCACUCAUAUUUUUUUUCUAUAAAUUCACUACAAUAAAUUCACUUUUGUCUCCUUUGCACCUUUU